GGCCACAAGCAAGUCUGCAAAAUGUUCUCGGUCCACAAGGAGCGUGCGGCGAGCAUCUCCGGCAACCCGAAUGCGUGGUCGCACCUCGCGACGUUCAUCGAGUACCACCACGCGACUCUCAUCAACUGUACCCUCGCCUGCUACCUCAGAGCGAUGCCGGAGAUUCCCACUGUUGCCACGUCGCAUUUCCUCCUCAUCUCUCUCCUGUACAGAAACGACCCGACUCGCCGCCCUCAGGACCAGUUCGAGGUCCGAGGCAUGCACCUGGAGGACAGGAACGACCCCGCACAGCCGCCGACCUUCAAGAUCCUCAUGACCGACCGCGCCGCCGCCGUCGAGAUGGGCAAGAAGGAGUUUGGCGACGACUACUGGGGCACGGGCGCAUACGUGCUCAUGGUUAAGUUCGCGCCCAGCCCUCUGGCGGGCGCGCUCCCGUUCUGGAAGCACUUCGGCAUCGACAAGGAGCACGCGCGCGCGACGCCCGCGCGCACGCACCCGUGGGACCAGCUCCGGGAGAACGUCCACGAGGGGAAGCGGCAGAAGUUCUGCUGCGGGCGGGUCGAGGGCCUCCCGACGUGCUGCUGUGGCGGAUGGACGCAUGAGCAGGACACGGCUUCCUGAUCGCCUUGAUCCAUUCACCAUCUAUCGCAUUCGUACUUGAUAAAUCCAUCACAUGUCCAACAUGGCUUGUCUCGACGUAGCCAUACACCGUAUGUAGGAUUUAGUGGAGUGCAAGAAGUCGAAACAGC